CACACCGUGAUGCUGCGGGCGCGCGAGGCGGCGCAGUUUCUGCGGCCCAGGCAGCGCCGCGCCUACCAGGUCUUCGAGGAGGCCAAGCAGGGCCACCUGGAGAGGGAGUGCAUCGAGGAGCUGUGCAGCCAGGAGGAGGCCCGGGAGGUGUUCGAGAACGACCCCGAGACGAACUAUUUUUAUCCAAGAUACUUAGACUGCAUCAGUAAAUAUGGAUCUCCCUACACCAAACACCCAGAUUUCGUCACGUGCGUUCAAAACCUGCCUGACCAGUGCUCUCCAAACCCCUGUGAUAAGGAAGGGACCCGGGCCUGCCAAGACCUCAUGGGCAACUUCUACUGCGAUUGCAGGGCCGGCUGGGGGGGGCGGCUCUGUGACAGAGAUGUCAACGAGUGCGGCCUGCAGAACGGAGGCUGCAGCCAAAUAUGCUCCAACAAGCCAGGCAGCUUCCACUGCACCUGCUACAGCGGCUACGCGCUCUCCCCGGACGGCAGGACCUGCCGAGAUGUAGAUGAAUGUGCAGAUGCGGGCGCCUGCGGAGACGCACGCUGCCAGAACCUGCCCGGCUCCUACUCCUGCCUCUGCGAGGAGGGCUACGCCUUCAGUUCCCAGGAGAUGGCCUGCCAAGACGUGGACGAGUGCGCGGAGGGACGCUGCGAGCAGGCCUGCAUCAACUCCCCCGGGAGCUACAGCUGCCACUGCGACGGACGCGGGGGCCUCAAGGUGUCCCAGGACAUGAACACCUGUGAGGACAUCUUGCCGUGCGUGCCCUUCAACGUGGCCAAAAGCGUGAAGUCGCUGUACCUGGGCCGCAUGUUCAGCGGGACGCCCGUGAUCAGACUGCGCUUCAAGAGGCUGCAGCCCACCAGAUUGGUGGCCGAGUUCGACUUCAGGACCUUUGACCCUGAAGGUGUUCUCUUCUUUGCUGGAGGCCAUCAGGACAGCAGCUGGAUCGUCCUGGGCCUGCGGGCUGGCCGGCUGGAGCUGCAGCUCCGCUACCAUGGCGUCGGGCGCGUCACCAGCAGCGGGCCCAUCAUCAACCACGGCAUGUGGCAGACAAUCUCUGUUGAGGAGCUGGAGCGGAACCUAGUGGUCAAAGUGAACAAGGACGCUGUUAUGAAGAUAGCGGUGGCUGGGGACCUGUUCCAGCUGGACAGAGGACUGUACCACCUGAACCUUACGGUGGGAGGCAUUCCCUUCAAGGAGAAAGACCUCGUCCAGCCUAUAAACCCCCGCCUGGAUGGCUGUAUGAGGAGCUGGAACUGGCUGAAUGGUGAGGACACCACCAUCCAAGACACAGUGAAGGUGAACGUGAAGAUGCAGUGCUUCUCCGUGACAGAGAAAGGGUCCUUCUUCCCCGGGAGCGGGUUUGCUUUCUACAGCCUCGAUUACGCACGGACAUCCCCGGACGUCGGGACCGAGACAACCUGGGAAAUAGAGGUCGUGGCUCGGAUCCGCCCCGCCACCGACACGGGGGUGCUGCUGGCGCUGGUGGGCGACAACCACACUGUCGCCCUCUCCGUGGCCCUGGUCGACUACCACUCCACCAAGAAGCUCCAAAAGCAGCUGGUGGUCCUGGCGGUGGAGAGGGUGGCCCUGGCCCUGAUGGAGAUCAAGGUCUGUGACGGCCAGGAGCACGUGGUGAGCGUCUCCUUGAAGGAGGGCCAGGCCGCCCUGGAGGUCGAUGGCACCAAGGGCAGGAGCGAAGUGAGCCCCGAGGGGCUGCAGGAGAGGCUGGCCGUCCUCGGGAGGCACCUGCAGAGCUCCGUGCUCACCUUCGUUGGGGGGCUACCAGACGUGCCGGUGACCUCGGCACCCGUCACGGCCUUCUACCGCGGCUGCAUGACGCUGGAGGUCAACCGGAAGGUGCUGGACCUGGACGAGGCUGCCUAUAAGCACAGCGACAUCACCUCGCACUCCUGCCCCCCGGUUGAGCAGGCCACUCCCUAGACAGCACCCCGCAGGU